UCCCGCAGCCACCAUUACUUCAAGUACUGCAAGAUCUCGGCGCUGGCGCUGCUGAAGAUGGUGAUGCACGCCCGGUCAGGGGGCAACCUGGAGGUGAUGGGGCUCAUGCUGGGCAAGGUGGACGGGGAAACCAUGAUCAUCAUGGACAGCUUCGCCCUGCCGGUGGAGGGCACCGAGACUCGCGUCAACGCUCAGGCGGCCGCCUACGAGUACAUGGCUGCGUACAUUGAGAACGCAAAGCAGGUUGGUCGUCUAGAAAAUGCAAUUGGCUGGUAUCACAGUCACCCUGGCUAUGGCUGCUGGCUCUCCGGGAUCGACGUCAGUACCCAGAUGCUUAAUCAGCAAUUUCAAGAACCCUUUGUAGCAGUGGUUAUUGAUCCAACAAGAACAAUAUCUGCAGGAAAAGUAAAUCUUGGAGCAUUUAGGACUUAUCCUAAGGGCUAUAAACCUCCAGAUGAAGGUCCCUCUGAAUACCAGACUAUUCCGCUUAAUAAAAUAGAAGACUUUGGUGUACAUUGUAAACAGUAUUAUGCUUUAGAAGUCUCGUACUUUAAAUCAUCCUUGGAUCGUAAAUUGCUUGAACUUUUGUGGAACAAGUACUGGGUGAACACUCUCAGUUCUUCUAGUUUGCUUACUAAUGCUGACUACACCACUGGCCAAGUCUUUGAUUUGUCUGAAAAAUUAGAACAGUCAGAAGCUCAGCUUGGAAGGGGCAGUUUCAUGCUGGGUUUAGAAACUCAUGAUAAGAAAUCAGAAGACAAACUUGCAAAAGCGACAAGAGACAGCUGCAAGACCACCAUAGAAGCUAUACAUGGAUUGAUGUCUCAGGUUAUUAAGGAUAAACUUUUUAAUCAAAUUAAUAUAGCUUGAAGUGCAUCACCAGCUGAUAUGCAUCUCCAGAGCAGAAAAAGUCAUGGUUUCUUUUGCUUGGACUUGUUCAAUUUGGGAAAUGAAGCUGGAGUGGAAAAUUAUUCAUUUAAUUCGUAGUACUUUAAUAUUUCCCACCUGUCUGACCAGUUUUAAAGAACAAAAUGUUCUGAAAUGUAGUGCAACUUUUUGUUCUUUAUCAUAAAACACAACCGGUUUGGAGAAUUGUUCCAAAAGAAAAAUAAAUGUGACUUACUGGAUUUUGCUCUUAGGUAUUUAUCUCUAUUAUCCAACUGCAAUAAAACAAUUUUGAAA